GUCCUGAUAGCGCAUUCUGUGUGCGGACUUAGCCUGACAAUACGACUUCGCGAUGCCUACCAUGCGUAAAGACUCUCCAACGAACGGUAUAUCCAAUGGCCUCGCCACGAGCGAUGCCGACAGUAACUUCAAGCUAGGGGACUUCUCGAUCGACGAAUACAGGCCGAUCAAGGUUGUCGCGAUAGGCGCAGGCUUCAGCGGGAUCAUUGCGGGAAUCAGGUUCCCGCAAAGAAUCCCGAACGUCGAACUAACGAUAUAUGACAAGAACGCAGGCGUCGGCGGGACGUGGUAUUCCAACAAAUAUCCCGGAUUGGCAUGUGAUAUCCCUGCCCACUGCUACCAGCUUACCUUCGAGCCGAAGACCGACUGGUCGAGCUUCUACGCCCCCGGUCCAGAAAUUCGUGCCUAUCUAGAAUCUGUCGUCGAGAAGUACAAGCUCAUGCGCUACAUCAAGCUUCAGCACCGCGUCGUGCACGCGCGGUACGACGAGCCCACAGGCAAGUGGCAUCUACGCAUCCGCCGACCUGUCCCUUCCUCCUCGAGCAAUCCAAACAACGAAGGAAACGCAGACGUGGGCUACGAGGAGUUCGCCGAUACGGCGGAUAUCCUCUUCACGGGUCUCGGCAGCCUCAGCCGAUGGAAGUGGCCCGAGAUUGAUGGGUUGCGGACGUUCAAGGGCCAGUUGUUUCAUACCGCUGACUUUGACGUGGGCAAGCGCACCUGGCAGGAGGCUGUCGAGGAGUGGCAGUGGAAGGACAAGACGGUCGGCGUGAUCGGUGUGGGCUCGAGCGCCAUCCAGAUCGUGCCCGCUCUGCAGCCGCGCGUGCGUAAGAUCUACAAUUUUGUGCGUGGCAAGACGUGGAUCUCGACGCCCUUUGCGAGCGCGAAGCUCGCGGAGCUGAUGAAGCGCGAUCCGGAUGCGGAGAACUACACGUUUAGCGAGGCGGACAAGGAAGCUUUUGAGGAUCCGGGGUAUUAUAAACAGUUUCGCCAUGAGCUCGAGUCAGACCUGAACUCCGCGCAUGCCAGCACUCUGCGAGGUAGUGUGCAGCAGCAGGCCGGCCGCGAUGCGUUCACGGUGCAUAUGCGGAAGAAGCUCGCGAAAAAGCCGUGGAUCAUGGAUCAUUUGCUACCCGAUUUUGGCGUGGCUUGCAGACGACUGACGUCAGGGCCUGGAUAUCUUGAAGCUCUUUGUGCAGAUAACGUGGACUUUGUACCAAAGGAUAUCAGCCGGAUCACCUCGAAGGGCAUCGAGACAAACGAUGGCCAACAUACCGAUGUUGACAUCAUUAUCUGCGCCACCGGAUAUGACUAUUCUUUCCAGUUCGACUUCCCCCUCAUCGGCCGCGGCGGUGUGUCCAUACAAGAAAAAUGGACCCCGCAUCCCUCAACAUACCUGGCCGUCUGCACCGAUGGGUUUCCGAACUGGUUCAUGGCACUCGGCCCGAACUCGGCCCUUGGCUCCGGCUCACUGCUGGUGUUGAUCGAGCGGCAGGUCGAGUAUGCAAUUGCCGCAGCGAAGAAGAUGCAACGUGAGCGGCUGAAGAGCAUCGAGGCGAAGGCGGAUGCGGUGAAGGAUUUUGAUAAAUAUUUGGAGCACUACUUCCCGAAGACUGUAUAUAGCGAGAAAUGUAGGUCAUGGUACAAGAUGGGCAAGGAAGAGGGCCGCAACGUCGCGCUGUGGCCCGGGUCAUGUCUACACGCUGUACGCGCGUAUGAGCACCCCCGCUGGGAAGACUUUGAUUACGAGCUUGCGGAUGGCGUUCGCAACCGGAUGUACUGGCUAGGUGACGGGCAGACCUACAACGAGAAGACGAUGUCGGGCGAUCGAGCGUGGUAUCUGAAUGACGAGGAGGUUGAUAUUCCACCGGUUCCUGCAGACUGACUCGGCAUCUGCAGGAGAGCGUUGGAAUGAGGUGUUCCAGGCGACGACCUGAUGUCGUAUGAGGGAUCGACUCAAUACAUUCCUAGGUGAAUGCUCGUCACUGAUUAUCUCACUCGCAGAUUCAUGUUGUCGUUCGAAGUGAGCUGCCGUUAUAGACGCUGGCGCGAUCACAAAG